CAUUACAUUAGCUGUUUCUUUCUUCUGCUUCUCUCUCUCUCUUCAUCUUUUGUUCUUUCACGUAAAGUCAAACCCAAUAAAUCUGUUACAGCCCAUCUCUCCUCUCUCUCUCUCUCUCUCUCUCUCUCUCUCUCUCUGCCAUUUUCUUGAAACAUGAACACAACCUUCUUCUCAUACUCUGAUUCCUUUCUCAUUGUCUAAAACAAGAAGAUAGAAUCUGUUCUUGAUUCUUGUUUUGACAAGUCUUUAACUUACACAAAAGAUGGAGUUCAAAAGAGACAAUACUGUCAGAUUCUAUGGAGACGAGAAACAACAAACCAUAGAAGUAGGAGAGAAGCGAGUAGUGCCAUUGUUCAAAUCAACAACGGCUCAAUUUACAAAACCAGAAGUAGUACAAAAGAAGAGCAAGACACGUUUGAAAAUCCCAAGAUUUGGUAGAUUCAAAGUGUUUCCAGAGAACUUCGAGAUCGAAAGAGACAAGAUUCUAGAUCCUGGUGGUGAUGCUGUGCUUCAAUGGAACAGGAUUUUUCUCUUUUGGUGUCUUGUUGCACUUUACGUCGACCCUUUGUUCUUUUUUCUCUCUUCAGUCAAACGCAAUGGUCGGUCUUCUUGUAUGACUACAGAUUUGAAGCUUGGGAUCGUUAUUACUUUCUUCAGAACACUAGCAGAUUUGUUCUAUGUUUUGCAUAUUGUUAUCAAAUUCAGAACAGCUUAUGUUUCUCGUACUUCUAGAGUGUUUGGUCGUGGUGAACUUGUUAAAGAUCCUAAGUUGAUUGCUAGAAGAUACUUGAGAUCAGAUUUCAUUGUUGAUCUCAUCGCUUGUUUGCCUCUUCCUCAGAUUGUUAGCUGGUUUAUUUUGCCAUCAAUCAGAAGCUCGCAUUCAGAUCAUACAACAAAUGCUCUUGUGCUCAUAGUUCUUGUUCAAUACAUUCCUCGCCUUUAUCUUAUUUUCCCUCUUAGCGCCGAGAUUAUCAAAGCAACUGGAGUUGUUACAACCACUGCUUGGGCCGGUGCUGCUUACAAUCUCCUCCAGUAUAUGCUUGCUAGCCAUAUUCUAGGUUCGGCGUGGUAUCUAUUGUCAAUAGAACGCCAAGCGACGUGUUGGAAAGCAGAAUGUCACAAAGAAUCAGGGUCUCUACCGUGUAUUACGGACUACUUUGAUUGUGGUACAUUGAACCGUCCCACUAGGCAUGUCUGGGAGAAUGUAACAGUUGUCUUCAGCAAUUGUGAUCCUUCGAAUAAUAUCCAGUUCACAUUCGGGAUUUUCGCGGAUGCUCUCACGAAAAACGUGGUUUCUUCGCCUUUCUUGGAGAAAUAUUUGUAUUGCUUAUGGUUUGGACUGCAGAAUCUAAGUUCUUAUGGACAAAACCUGAGCACAAGUACCUCUGUUCUUGAGACAAUGUUUGCUAUCCUGGUGGCGAUCUUUGGUCUGGUUUUGUUUGCUCUUUUAAUAGGAAACAUGCAGACGUAUUUGCAAUCAAUCACGGUGAGGCUUGAGGAGUGGAGACUGAAGAGAAGAGACACAGAAGAAUGGAUGGGACAUAGGCUACUACCGCAGAAUCUAAGAGAACGAGUGAGGCGUUUCGUGCAGUAUAAAUGGCUGGCGACUCGAGGCGUUGAUGAAGAAACCAUUCUUCAUUCAUUACCUGCAGAUCUUCGUAGAGACAUCCAACGCCAUCUCUGUCUCGAUCUUGUUCGUCGUGUACCGCUAUUUGCGCAAAUGGAUGAUCAAUUACUAGAUGCGAUAUGUGAACGAUUAGCAUCAUCUCUAAGCACACAAGGGAACUAUAUUGUACGUGAAGGUGAUCCAGUGACCGAAAUGCUCUUCAUCAUCCGUGGAAAACUCGAUAGCUCGACGACUAAUGGAGGCAGAACCGGUUUCUACAACUCAAUCACACUCAGACCAGGAGAUUUCUGCGGAGAAGAGCUUCUCGCGUGGGCAUUGCUACCAAAAUCAACAGUAAACUUACCAUCAUCAACAAGAACAGUGCGAGCCUUAGAAGAAGUUGAAGCCUUUGCUUUACAAGCAGGGGAUCUCAAAUUUGUGGCAAACCAAUUCAGGCGUUUACAUAGCAAGAAGCUGCAACACACAUUCCGUUAUUACUCUCACCAGUGGAGAACUUGGGCUGCUUGUUUUGUACAAGUCGCUUGGAGACGGUAUAAGAGGAAACUGUUGGCCAAGAGUCUUAGCUUGGCUGAGUCAUUCUCUUCUUAUGACGAAGAAGAAGCUGUAGCGGUUGCUGCAACCGAGGAGAUGAGUCAUGAAGGAUUGACACAAAGCUCUAAAGCUCGUCAUCAUACAUCUAAUGUGAAACCACACUUUGCUGCAACCAUACUUGCUUCAAGAUUUGCUAAGAACACAAGAAGGACGGCUCAUAAGUUGAAAGAUGUUGAAAUACCAAUGCUGCCUAAACCAGAUGAGCCAGAUUUCUCAGUGGAUGAUUGAGUUGAUUAACCUGUUUUGAUAUAACUUUAUGUGAAUCUUUUUUUAAGUUAGAAAAAUUCAAAAGAACUUUGCUGCAUGAAGUAAUUCAGAAAAUGUUCAGCAGUUUGUAUAAAUACAGAAUAAUCAAUCAUCUGACUAUUUUUAUUCAGAGAUCAUUGGACAAGAACAAGAACAUGAUCAUCAUUAGGUUUUGGUCUCAGAGAAGCUUAUCAAAGUA